AUGGCAAGAAAUGGACAAAUAAUUCCUCUAAGUUAUAAAGAUUGGAGAGUUGUUCCAAAUUCAACUAAGGAUAUUAUGUGGAUGAUUGUACAGAAAAAAUUUCAAAUUUCAGAAGAAGGAAGAGAUUGGGUUAUUAUGUCUAUAGGAAAAAAAUGGAGGGAGUUCAAAAGCAAACUAAAAAAACUUCACUAUGAUACUCAUAAAACUUACGAGGAAAAGAUAGCAGCUUGUGAUUCUCGAGUACACGCGAAAGAAUGGGAAUUUCUUGUUAAGCACUGGGACUCUCAAGUAGGACAGGAACGUAGUGCCAAAAAUAAAGCUAGCCGUGCAAUGCUAAAAACCACACAUACAGCAGGCACAAAAAGCUUCGCAAGAGUUCGUGCUGAGAUGGACAAGAAAAAUAAUCAUAUUCAACCGAGAAGACAUGAGCUCUACAUAAGAACGCACACCAAGAAGAAUGGCAAGCCUUUAAAUGCGUAUUGCUCGAAAAUCAUGAAAUGCACUGAUCUUCCUUAUAAUGGAUCACCUAAUAAUCAGGCAACCUCUUCUCAUUCUAGUUAUGAAGCACCACCAACUCAGGUGUAUCGAGCUAAGAAUAUCUCAAAGAGAGUCCACGCUGUAUCAAAUAUUAUGAUUGGAACUGAAGUUUACUUGAGGAGUUUACAAAAACCUCACAAUCAUGUAGCACAAGGUUAUCUUUUGAGUAAAGAUCCAACUACAAGAGUGGGUGGGUUCGAAUUAGGACCACAGUGUUGGGAGAUUCAAAUUGAUGUGCCAAUAGUACGCAAUGAACCACUACUUAGACCAUAUAGUAGCUAUCAAACAAUUGGAGAUGCUGUUGGAGCAACUGUUGCUUGGCCAUAUACUUUUGUUAAGUGCAAGUAGUGCAUGAU